AAUGGAUGAAAAAGAAUCAAUGUGUACACAUGACGUUCAUGUUUUAAAAUCUUUAUGCCUUACACACACGCUAAUUACAUUUUAGCGAUUUUUUUUUCGUGUUAUCAAAAUUUGGUAUGGCGAAAUACCAUUAAAAUUAAUAAAUAAAAUAGGCUUAUUAAUUAAGUAGUGUUUUUUUUCUUCUUUUUUUUCUCCCAUAACCUAAUCCAUCAAUUUUGGUUGGCUCACGCUUCCGUCUGAUGACUUUGGUGAAAUACUAAGAGCUUUGUUAAAAUGUAUUUAAAAACUAAAAAUUUUGUAUAAAAUGAAGGUUCAAAAGUAAGGCUCUUGUGACACUCGAAUGGAUGACCAAGGAGAAUAUGAUUGGAUGUUGCAAGGAGAAAACACGGAAGAAACAUCAGUGAUGAAAGCAGAUAUACAAAUACCAUUUGACCAAGAAGAUGUUAAUUUUGAUGUAGUAGAUCGUACAAGCUUGUCAAGUGAAGCAGAGUCUGGCAUUGGUUAUCAAUCACAAGCUGGCAGUUUUAAUUCAAGUGCUCAAGUGGACGGUACAAGAAAGGAUCCCGUCGUUUCAGCUCAGCAAAAUAAUUUUCAUCACGAUGAAUUUGAUAGUGUUCAGAUCUCGAAGAUCAUUGACAUCAAAGCAAAACUGAAGGCUAACUAUACUCUAUUAGUAGCAGAGCUGAACCCAAAAGAUGUUUUACCUCAGUUGUUUGAAAAAGAUGUGAUAACAUUUGAUGAAAUGGAAGAGCUAGGACCAAAAGCAAGAAGGGAUAGUGCCAUACAGCUUCUUGGAAUAUUGAUGCGUAAAAAGGAGUCGGAUUGUGCAAAAUUUGUUGAAAGUUUACAUCAAGUUGGAUACACAGAUAUCUUCGACUCUAUAGUAAACACAGAUCAAAAGCCUCAGCUUGAAAUACUUCCAGCUCCUUGGUUUGAUGAGCUUCCAGAUUCUACAAAAAAUAAAAUCCUAUCUGAGAUUGACGCCAGUCGCCUAGCAACCAUUCUUGGCAACAACUGGGAAAGUGUCUUGUACAACUUAGGUUUCAGAAAAGCUCAAAUAGACCAAGAAUUUCAAUCCAAUGGAUCCAACGCACAAAGAACCAUUAGCAACACAUUAAUUAAAUGGAAGCAACGGAGUGGGAGAAACGCAACAUUCAACAAUUUAAUUAAAAUAUUUCGAGAAUCUGAAAAAAAUAAUAAUGCACAUAUUGACUGGGAGCGCCUGGAAACGUUUUUCUAAAAAACUAUGAUAAAUGAAUUAUGUGUAUGCCAAUUCCACCCAGUAUCUGAUAUGCAAAUUUAGAUUUAACAUUGGCAACACUUUCCAACUUAAUUAAAGUUUUAUCGGAGAGUAAA